CGGGCAAAGGCUCCCCGCAUCGGACCCAAACCAGUCUACCGGCGCCGUGGAAAGGGGCACAGAGACUCGAUCAUGAUCUCCAUGCCUCCCCUCAUGAACGAUCAGAACAGGAGCAGCUUCAAACAUCCCAUCAGUUGGCUGUCGCCAGACAGCAGCAACUCCUCGGUGGCCGCGUCUGAUCUACCCGAGGACAUCGUCAAUCCGUGGGACAUCGCCCUGUGCGUGGUGGGCACAGUCAUCUCCUGCGAGAACGCCAUCGUGGUGGCCGUCAUCUUCUACUCGCCCACCCUCCGGGCUCCAAUGUUCAUGUUGAUCGGCAGCCUGGCAUUGGCCGAUCUCCUCGGAGGACUGGGUCUGAUCCUCAACUUCACCUUCCUCUACCUGCUCAACUUCCAAGCGGCCAAACUGGUAUCGGCUGCCCUCCUGAUCGCCUCGUUCUCCGCCUCUGUGUGCAAUCUGCUGGCCAUCACGGUCGACCGCUACCUGUCGCUGUACAACGCUCUCACCUACCACACUGAGAGGACCACCACCUUCACCUACUUGAUGCUGCUGGUCGUGUGGCUGACGUCCCUCAGCCUGGGCUCCCUGCCGGUGGCGGGUUGGAACUGCCUGGAGGACGAGGCGACCUGUAGCGUGAUCAAACCGGUGACCAAGAACAACGCGGCGGUCCUGUCCGUCUCUUUCCUGCUCAUAUUCGCCCUGAUGCUGCAACUUUACAUCCAAAUCUGCAAGAUCGCCUUCAGGCACGCACAGCAGAUAGCCGUGCAGUACCACUUCGUGGCCACCUCCAAUACCUCGACUAGGAAAGGGAUCUCCACCCUAUCUGUCAUUGUGGGGACAUUCGCCGCUUGCUGGGUACCAUUCUCCAUCUACUGCUUGGUGGCAGACCCCAGCUACCCACUCAUCUACACAUAUGUCACCGUCCUACCGGCCACCUGCAAUUCAGUCAUCAACCCUAUUAUCUACGCCUACCGGAACCCUGACAUCCAGAAAUCCCUCUGGGUCGCUUGUUGCGGUUGUAUCCCCUCCAAUUUCUCAUUUAGACCAAGGUCGUCCAGCGAUGUAUAGUGGCUUCUGUUUCGGUGGGAUUUUAUUUUUCCAACAAUUAUUAUUUGUGAUUUUUUUUUUUUAUUGGAGCUAUUUAAACAGAUCAUCCCUUUAAUUAAAAAAAAAAACACACACAAAAUAGUGAAGAGGGGAGGAAAUUGUAUUUUUGUGAGUGAUGUUUUUCGCGUUGAUUGGAAUAACAUUGUUAUUAGCGCCCCUGAAGGCUUCAUGUGAACUCAUUGUCCAAACGCCAUGAAGUGGGACAGGCAGCAUCUCUGGAGAGAAACGAGUGGGUGACGUUUCUUCAGACUGGAACAGACUUCCACCUGUUGGAUCUGAUGGAAGAAAGCUCAACCCGCCAUGUCUACAAACACACAAAGACUGCUGAAAUAACUCUGACAGGGGCAAAGUUAUUUUUUAAGAUGUGGAACUCAGAGAGACUAAUGCAGGUGGAGUCAGAUGUCGGAAUGUGUCAGUAAUUGAUGUCGGUGUUUGCUGAGGGGGAAAGGGGAGGCUUUCUUCAAAGUUUAAACCAAUGCCGAAGUGUGACGCACUUUAAACUAGUCCCUCUACAAAACAUUAUUUCACUGCCUAUCUCACAUCGAUAUUUAUCAUUUGUUCUGACGGGAUUUGAACUAUGUGAAUAGAUUCUCUUUUCAAUUCCUUGCCGCAGAUUAAAUCUGGAAACAAAUACAAACGCUGUAUAAUAUGGGACGGGGGAGCUGUUAGCGUGUCUGACUGACUGGUUUUGGUUUAUAUUGCUGCUAAGAACGAAAUAGUCAUUUAUUUUGCAGCGUAACAGUCCUGGUUUUAAAGUACACAUUCCUCUUUUUAGACUCACAGUCGUAGAGUGAUACAGUGUGGAAACAGGCCUUUCGGCCCAAAUUGCCCAAACUGCCCAAACUGGGUAUGAAGGAACUGCAGAUGGUGGUUUGGAACAACUUCCUUUAAUGUGAAAAAAAACCCUUUGCUAUUAUUUUCUGGUUUACAUUAGUCAAAUUGUUAUCUGUUUUUAUUCCCUGGCUGCACAUUGUGUAAGAAAGAACUGUAGAUGCUGGUUUAAAUCGAAGAUAGACACACCAUGCUGGAGUAACUCAGCGGGUCAGGCAGCAUCUCUGGAGAGAAGGGAUGGGUGACGUUUCGGGUCGAGACCCUUCGUCAGACUGAGAGUCAGGGGAGAGGGACACACAGACAGGGGCGGAUUAAGGCUCAUGGUGCCCUAAGCACUGACCAAUCUUGGUGCCCCCCUCCUUUCCACACUGACCCAGUCUAUUUUAGUUGUUGACCUUGUGAUACACCUGGGAAGAUAACCCUAGGGUGCACCAUGAUCAAGAAACAGAACAUUAUGAUCAAUUUGCACUAGUUUUAUCAAUUUUUUUUUUUUUACAAUUCUUCAUUUGUUUUUUUUUCUUUUCACCCUUUUUCCCAACUUUGUGGUGCCCCCUUUGGCCCUGGUGCCCUAAGCACGUGCUUAGUCUGCUUAAUGGUUAAUCCGCCCCUGCACACAGAGAUAAGGAAGGGCAAGGUGUGGAAACGAGACAUCAAAGGUGAUACUGGUCAAGGGAAAUGUAGGAUAGAUCAUUGCUAGCUAGGAGAAGGCGACAACAACGCAAACAGAGAUAAAAUAUAAUCGGGGACAGUCUAUCAUGUUUCGUUUCAAAGAUUCGUGAUAUAUAUUUUGAUCUUUGUUUUCAUAUUGGAGAGUGCAGCAUAGUGGCAAAGCUCUGUGUUACUCUGGAUAAUUUCUGCUGUAGGAAAGAAUCGAAUCAAAACAGGAGAUUUUCAAUAAAUUAUUGCGACACAGAUUAUUUAAUACGCCGAAGAUAGACACAAAAAGCAGGAGUAACUCAGCGGCUCAGGCAGCAUCUCUGGAGAGAAGGAAUAGGCGACUUUCCGGGUGGAGAGCCUUCUUCAGACUGAGGGUCAAGGGAAGGGGAAAACGAGAGAUGUAUAGACGGUGCAUAGAACAGAUGGAUACAUAAAAGUAACGACGAUCAAGGAAAAGUGCAGCCCACAAUGCUCCAUUGUUGGCUGUGGGGUGCGUGACAACGAGUUAUAAAGACAGUGGAAGUCCACAGGAGGACAAUGAAACUAGUACCAGGGCUAGAAUGGGGAUGGGAGAUUGGAGAGAGAGAGAGGGGGAAAGCAAGGGCUAUUUGUAGUUAGAGAAGUCAAUGUUCAUACAACUGAGGUGUAAGCUGCCCAAGCGAAAUAUGAGAUGCUGUUCCUCCAAUUUGCGUUGGGCCUCACUCUGACAAUGGAGGAGGCCCAGGACAGAAAGGUCAGUGUGGGAAUGGGGAGGGAAUGAGAAUUACCACAGUGUUUGCCAACCGGGAGAUCCCGAUUGUUUAAUACCCCAAUUCGCCAUUUGUAACCCCCCCCCCCCCCCCCCCCCCAAGAGAUAGGGGGUCUAUUUUGACAGGACUCAGCGGGAAUUUUGUAAACCACCAGGCGAAUUAGACAAUUGCCAAAGCAUUUUGCCACCGUUUCCUUCAAAUGAGGAUUCGACACCAAGCAUUCCAAUCUGCCAUUAUUUACAGAUAGUUUCCAAAUUAUCCGGACACAUUCGAUCAGACGAAGGCUUCCUUAUCCCCUCAGACACCAUGCAUCCUUAAAUUGCACUUUAUCAAACUAAGGGAUCAAUAUAUAUAAAUAUAUAUAUAUAUACGUGUGUGUUUCUAUAAAACGCUAUUUCCCUCCCACGCUGUUUCAUCCCGGACAGUCUAUUUAAUUGCUAAAAUCGGUUUAUUUUGAUAUGGUUACAUAUUAUUGUAAACAGCCUUUUGCAAAAAGGUAAAUAAAUUGGAUUAAUAAAUAAACAAUAUUUUAGGAAGCAACCGCUUGUGAUGUUUUGGUCUGGUGUCGGCUGUCAGCGUUGAUCCACUGCGGUGCUUCUCCUCGCCUGCUCGCAACAUGCAAUGCUGAUAUAUUUACAGCCGGCGUGUGGUUCAUUGAAUCGUGAGUCGCUUCUCCUCUUCACCUCCA